GACUACAUCGAGGUUCUCAAGGAUAUUCGAGUCGUGAUUAUGAUCUUCCAAUACAGUGCCUGCUUUGGAAGCCCCGCAGCAAUCAAGAACCGAGCUUGCUAUGCAGCCAGGAACAACCAGCUGGCGACACAUUUCAGGACUUACUUCCAGAUGGCGGCAGGUGAUGCGUCGGCUCUGGCUGGAGCGUUCGGACUCAUGAACCUUUUUGCUCGAUCCCUUGGCGGAAUCACUAGCGACCUGAUGUACAAGCACUUUGCGUUCCGCGGGCGCAUUUGGGCCCAGUUCUUGGCGCUUUUCUUCGAAGCGGUGUUCCUGUUCGCGUUCGGCAAUGUCGAUAAUUCCCAACCUUGGUAUGUGGCAUUGGCCGUGCUGGUGUGCUUCUCCCUGUUUGUUCAGAUGGCCGAAGGGACUUCGCCGCUUGGCUGCUCAUCCACACGCGUCCCAUUGUUAAUUGUUUCGAUCGACAUCAAUUGGAUUGCCCUAAUUAUUGCCAGGUACGGUAUCGUGCCGUUCAUGAACAGGAAACAACUCGCGGUAGUGUCUGCGCUUGUGGGAGCUGGAGGGAACCUGGGUGCAGUGAUCGCGGGUUUCUGCUUCUACAAGCCCAUCCAGGAUGCAUUGACGCCAUUCAAAGUCCACGCCGGUUACGUCAUGUUCUGGGCAUUGCUGAGCCCGUGCUACUACUGGUCCGAGUACGGCGGGAUGUUUGUGGGCCCAGCAGCAACCUCCGAAAAGAGCAAAGGCCAGAUCAGCGACUCCGAGAUGUCAACGGAGGCACCAAGCGAGCGCUGUUAG